AACACUGAAGAUUUUCUUCAUUCCUCGCAAGAAAAUAUUGAAAAUCAUGACUUAAAAUUUAAAAUGCUAGCCAUUUUUUGCCGAGUUUAGAAUAGCUAUGGAUGCUCUUCUCGUUUGUGCAGAGGAAAUAGCACUGGAGGGGCUGGAAGGCUGCCCAAUAGUUCAGCUGUGGAAUGACCUAGAGAAGACAUCAUUCCCAUUUCCACUUAAGCUGGAUGACUCUGCCAAGAGCUACUUAUGGACAGGAAUAGUAGAGGCGCUUGAUGUUUCUUUCUACUUACUGGACCAACCACUUCCUCGUAUCUUCUCCAGUAUUGAGGAUAAAAGCAUGAAGAAAUUCCUGGAUAGCUGCAAAAAUUUGGAUCUAGAAGAGCAUAAUAUUGAUGUGGCCAUGAGCCAUUACAGUUUGGUUAAUGAUGGCAAGAUAAGAGGAUCUUGUCCUGAAUAUAAAAAUAGAAAAGAUGUGACAUCUGAAAUAAGAAGUGCAUCAGGACAGUGUGUUAUAACUCUUGAAGAAGCACAAAAAAGGUUUGGAGACAGGCUUGUGAUGGUUGCAUCACAGGACAUAAGAAAUAGAGUUCUGGUGCCAGAGGAUGUUGAUCCUAAUGUAGUCUUGAGUGACGUAGAAUACUGUAUCCUGGAGCAUGUGGGUCAGGCAAGAAACAAAGGACGACUGCAACGAUGUAUCAAUAUCUUCCUGAAAAUAGAUUCUAAAACAACUUUUCAUUUCUUGAAGAAGAUGGGCAAGAUUGGUCUUGUAACAAAACAGAAAUUUGUUGCACAUAAUAUGCUUUCAACGAACAUUUGCUCCAACAUUAUAAAACUCAAGAAAUUUCACUCCCCCUACUACCACAAAUAUGAUGUGUUGGGACAUCAGAUAUGUCAAAAACUGCUGGAACAACCAGACCACACAAUGGCACUGAAAGACCUUAGGAUAUUUUGUGAAGAAAGCGGAACAAGAGAACGCAUCUUCAAGAGGGUUCGUCAAUACCUUCAAACUUCAGGUCAUAUAGAAAUAGUAAUGAAAAGGGUUCCAAGCAUAGCAAAGACAAACAAAACUAGACCAAAUAGAGGAAACCUCAGACACUAUAUUAAAGUCAUUAAGCCUUUUCCUCUUCCURAUGGCAAACAAGAUGAUAAUGAUGAUGACGAUGAUGAUGAGGAAGAUGAUGAUGAUGAUGAUAACAUUCAGAUUUGUGAUGGCAACCCUAAUUUGGUGGUUGAGUUUUCUCUUUUGAAGCAAAUGUACGACUUCAUUGAAAGUAAAGCUGAACAUGGAAUACGAAAUAUGGACAUUGACAAGGCCCUAAAGAUUUCUCAUUAUGAACGUCGUGCCCUGGUGAAUAACCUUGAAAAAUCAGGUUAUAUCAAGCCAGUUUUGACUUAUGGUGGACGGCAGUCAUUCUUAAGAUAUGUUGCAACUCCAUAUGAAGAAGCCAGUACCCAUUUAUCAAAGUUACUUGCAGAGGAAAAAAAGUUGGAUGCCAUGAAAACUUUUGCUGGUACUGGKAAAACUUCUCCUUCAGUGGGGACUCCCUCUCAGACACCGUUAGACUCUCCCUGCCCUUCACCUGGCCAGUCCACACAAUCCACAGAAAAUACGGAAAUCAAAGAUACAACCAUGGAGGAAAAGAAACCAAAGUCCAAGUCUGCUCUUGCUGGUAAGGUAACUUAUCGAACACUGAAGAGGAACAACUUUAUCAUUGACUUUCUGAAAAAAAAAAAGGUUGUCAAGGGAUAUCUCCCAAUACUUAAGGCUAUCCAAGAAGCUGAGGAAAAGGAAGGUUUGGAAAGCAAGAUGGAUCGUGUUUGUCUAAAAAGGUCUCUUGCUAAACUACUUGAUGAUGGACUAAUCAAGAGAAUGGCUACUGUUAUUAACAUCAAUGAAACCAGCCAUAAUGUUGAAUUCUAUCUAGACAUAUCAGUCAGCCCUCAAGACUCAGUUGUGAAAGUUGCUAUUGAUCAAUGCCGAUUUAGAAUAUAUGGAGAGGCAAACAAAUCAAAGGCUCCAAGUAAAAAGAGAACCAAGACAGAAACUGAUGGACACAAAGAGGAAGAUGAAGUCGAGGAUGAAGACUGUGAUCCAGACAAGAUUAUCUCAGAUCAUAGCUUAAGGUAUAGAUAUGGUUACCUAGCCAAGUUCCCGCGCAUGCGCCUCCUCCAUGAAUAUCUGUGGCAGGUGAUCUUUGGCAUCAAAGAAAGAAAUCAARAAAAAUCCAAACCCAAGUCUUCUGGAUCUGCGGACGCUGGAUCUGUAAAAAAAGAGAGUAAAACAAGUGAAGUCAAAAAAGAAAAGUUGAGCUCGGGUGAAUUUGAUUCCAAAACUCAUGAUUAUGACUGGAUUCAAUACCUGGAACCAUUUGCUUUAUAUGACAUGCCGUUAGGCUGGUUCAAACUGAGUGAUGCUACUUCUAUUAUGCCGCUGUCUGUGUUCUGUAACAUCAUGGGUAUUGUCACAGAGGUUGAUGGUCUUGAUGAAUAUUACAACGACCCAAAACUAAGACAUACGCUUUUUAAAGAUCUACCAAAUAAGAUGCAAAGACUACUGAAAUAUAAAGGACGUUACAAGCAAAGUCUCUGUGAUAUUGUUAGUAAUUUGAUGUGUGCCGGUCUACUGACCCCUAAGCAACCUCUACCAAAUGAAAGAUUGAUGACAGAGGUUCAUUUCAAUAGAGGGGCAAUAGUAGUAGACACUUCUCCUUCGCUGCCAAACUUUAACCGCACCCGAGAACCCCCCGACCACAAGUUUUCCUCCAAGAAGUUUUUGUUUGAUGUCUUUGGUAAUGUACAGGCUUACUGGGAUGAAGUAAUGUGUGUUGCUCUCAACACGCCACUGGGUAUGCGUCGAGCUUACCAACUUCCCCGAGACAGGAGAUGGUUCAAAUUUAGCUACUGUGAGGCACCAGUCAUGCUGGAGGACAACAUCAUCCCUCCACCUGGUGACGGCAAAGGUGCUUGUGGUUUUGAUACAUUUCUUCAUGCUCAUAUCGCCAGAAACUGGACUUUUAGUGGAACGCCAUUGAAGUAUGACAUUGGAUUGUCAGCACUCAAAAGCGUUAGGAUAAAGGAUGUUGAACCGCCUGCGAAGAAGGCAAAGAAAACUGGCAAAGAAAGUUCUAAGAAGACGAAAUCCAACGAGGCUGACAAACCAAAACCAAAGAGCAAGUCGAAACGGCCCUCAUUUGAGGAUUUGAUAAUAAGACCUCCAAAGAAGCCCAGAAGCGUUGGACCAAAUAUAAGAGCACCUUGCUUCCCUGACAAAAAGCAACAGAAGCAGACGCAGAAUGCUAGCAAACAUCUAAUUUCAGUAGAUGAUGUCGAUAGAGAAGCAAUAUCUAAGGCCAUAGGAUUGCGGAAGAGUUUCUCGACAGAUAUAGACAAAAUACUUAUUCUUUGUAGGAUUGGUCUUGAGAUCAUGAAAAAGACUUCAUAUCGCAAUCCCUACCCAUUCCAAGACAUCAGGAAUAUUGUGCACGAAUACUGCGAGGAUGCUUCUGAUAAAACAGCACCCAAUUGUCAACAGCGACUUCUUCGUCUGAUGAAAAAUCCCAAGAAUGUCACUACCGUCAAUGUUUGUGUGGCAGAGUAUUCUUCUAGUAAAGAAUUCUUGGGACUAGACAACCCAGAGCUGCCCUUUUCUGAGACCUUCCAUUCUCUCGUAACUAGAUUAAUCGAACUCUCAAGGACGCGAGUUGCUUGUCUGGAAGACACUUCACAGUUAUCGUCAACCUUGGAUGAAUUAUACAAGAGGUUUUAUGYACAAAGGCUCACUCUCCCUAGAGAGGUAUUGCCACUUUCUGCAGAUAUUUCAGUCCUUGGGCCUCCCAUCCAAACAGUUAGAGACAUUCGUGUGUCUGUUGCCAGAAAUGUCAUUCAGAUGGCAUGUCAUUCAGAACAAGCCAAAUACAACCAUUUAGGAGUCUUUAAACUAUUUGAUGAGUUAAAUAUGGAUGAAAAAGAAGAAGCCUUUAGAGAAUUGCAGAAGACUGGUUUGAUCAUUAGAAGGAAAGACUUGUCCUCCGUCACGAAUCUUAGAAGAACACUGCCGUUUGCCCCGAUAUCUGUUCAGUUAUCCUACAUAUACAACCAGCACUUCAAGCCCAAAAGUACUCAGCCAAGUACUUUCGAUGAAGCCAUUCAGUUUCUUAGACAUUUUAAUAAGUCAUCAGAAGAACCGUUAACACAGGCUCGUCCAACACCCAUCAAGUUGUCUGAGGAAAAAGUAGCUGGUGGAGAUAUUGCUUGUAUCCUGUCAUUACUUACUGUGAACGAGAUAACUGUGGAGAUCCAUAUACCUGACGAAAUACUCCAGACAGACGAAAAGCAGCAUGUCAAUUUUCGCACAAAGAAGAAAUCAAUCAUUUCUGUACCAUCAUCUUUGGUCACUCUAAAACAACUGUCUUCAAAACAGAAAAAAGUUGCAAAGAAAGGUGAAUUUAUUGAAGGUAAAGUGGCUAGCAAGCCGAAACCAAAUGUCAAGAAAGCGAGGAAAACUGUGAAGAGAAAGUCAGAGAGUGAAAGGCCUGGUAGUAUAGAGGAAGACAGAUCAGAGCRCAGUGCCGAAUCAUCGGAGGAUGGGACAAAAAUAACGACAGAGAAGAGAACAUCAGGAAGUGAAGAAACUAAUGCGGCCGUAGGGUGGAACAAACCAGAAGGCGUUAAAAAAAUAACAGACGUUAGGGAAGCAGAGACAAAAGAAACGAGGAAAUCCGAAAGCAAACAAGAUGGUCCUGGGGAAGAAAAUACUAAAAGCAAACCAGCACGCGAAAGUAAUUCAACAAAAGACAAGUCAAAAAAAAACACUGAUAGAAUCCAUUCAACUGAGCACGAGUUCGUUAGACCCAAAGAAGUGUCUAAGGAGAAGGCAAACAAGAAAGACAACACACAGCAAGGCGUGGUCGUAGAUGCACAAAACCUACAGGAGGAUCCAGCAGAACGAAUUCAAGUAAUUGGCGCUUCGGGUGUCAUAAAAACCCCAGCAUCAACUAAGCAGGUCAAAGAAAAAGAGAUAAAACGAAAAAUGGAAGAAAAAACGGGAAAUGUUCAAGGAGGAACUGAGGCAAAUGAAGAUACAGAAGAUGAGGCACUAGAAGAUCCUUUUGUGGAUAACCAAUCAUUAAUUCACUGUAAAUUUAGCACCACCAUUGAUCUGUCAUCCAUGGACCACAAACUGUUCACCACUGACUAUUGUUCUGACACACCCAGUACUCCUUCGGUUGAUACAGAAAAUACCAACAUCACCAAGACACUCAAACGAGUAGGACGAAUGAAGAGCAAGGGUCUCACUGCACCGAUACUAUUAACCAACUCUAGCGAAGUUGCCUUAAUCAAUAAUUGCUCGUUAUUUAUUAGACCAAAGGUUACCACUGGAAACCAGGGUAACGUCUGUGACAUUGACGUUCCCAUGGAUACACAAAGAAAUAACCAAUCACUUGAUAUUUUGUCAUCAUGCUCACUUGACGUCAUUCUUGAAAACCCACCAACAUUGAAUGCAUACUUAGAUGCCAAUAAUGAAUUCAAUGCAAGUGAUAUAAAACUUUGCACUUUAAUAUGGGAAGCAGCGAAUGAGAUGAAAGAACUGGGAACAUCCAUGGCAUUGCUCAAGCAAAUAUUUAAAGAAAAGAAAGUGGUCCUGGAUCAAGCUUCUUAUUCUCUAGACCAACACUUGAAAAAACUCUGCGAUGCCAACCUGUUGUUACAGGUUGGAAACUUUGAGAAACGAUAUGUGUGUCCAAGCUUUGCCAGAAACUGGUGCAUUGAUUUCAUGAAGAGUAAGAUUGCCAUGUCCGAAAAGGGCAAUGAAGAUGGUGUCAUUCUAUAUGGAACAUCAUCAUCCACUGGCAGCAAAUCAUCAGCAGGUGCAUCUGUAACAGAAAACCCAGACACUUCUGUGAUGACUGAAGCUGCAACAGCUCAAGAGUAUACUACACAACCUGCAUCAGCAUCAUCAACUAUUGUCCAGGCAGUGACAACUGAGCCUGUGACUAUGCAACUGGCUUCUGAAGCAACACCAUCAACUACUGUCCAGGCAGUGACAACUGAGGCUGUGCCUACACAACCAGGGGUUUCUGAAGUGACAACAUCAACUACUGUCCAGGCAGUGAUAACCGAGUCUGUGCCUACACAACCAGUGACUUCUGUAGCAACAUCAUCAACUACUGCCCAGUCAGUGACAACUGAGUCAGUGCCUGCACAACCAGUGGUUUCUGCAGUGACACCAUCAACUACUGUCCAGGCAGUGACAACUGAGUCAGUGCCUGCUCAACCAGUGGUUUCUGCAGUGACACCAUCAACUACUGUCCAUUCAGUGACGAUYGAGUUUGUGCCUGCACAACCAGUGGUUUCUGCAGUGACACCAUCAACUACUGUCCAGGCAGUGACAACUGAGCAAGUGGAUACACAACUGGUAGCAGGAACAUCCUCUGCUGUUCAUACUUCAGCAUCUGAGUCAGUUAACACUGUGACAACCCAAUCAGCAGAUGCAAGAUCAUCACCAGGAGUUGAAAUGGCAAAUGAUGAAAAGCCUGAAAAAACGGCACCAACAGAAACACCCUCUGCAAGCUUGACAGAGACAGUUCAGAGUUCAUCCCAAGAAGAAACUGAUAACUCAAGUAAAAUCAAUCCUGGCACGCUCACUAGGCUGUUAGAGGAGUCAGAAGCAAUCCUAAGUCGUCCAUGGUUAGAGAUAAAUGGGAAAAUCAACACAGUGUUCUUGAAGCCUAUCAUAUCUGCAAUAUUAUCCGAUAUUAUGAAUAACCCUGGAAUCAGUCAAGUGUACAUCGCUAAGAAAUAUGUAAACAUAAUAAGACCAGUUUACUUUACUGAGCUUCUAGAGUACCUUCUAUCAAUUGGAUGCAUUACCAAGCAUACAUUAUCUGUGACAAAACCUUCAAGCCUCUUUUCUCCCACAGUUACACAAGAUGCAGAGACAAUUAUUUAUUAUCUGCCUGUGGUGAACUGUAUUGUCACUCUCGCAAAUGCAGUUAAGAAAUGGUCAURAGAAAUAAUCCAAACCAUAUCCUUAUAUACACCCACACAAAACUUUUUGGGGUAGAAAUAAUAACCAACUUUGGAUUCCAUUCUGGUUGAGUGGUCAAGAACAAAACAUUUUGAGUCAAGAAUCCAGAGAAACAACAAAUAUAAUAAUAAUUAUUGUCUUGAUGCCCUAUAGCCUAGACUUGGAAUAUUUAUUGCUUGAUCACUCAUAAACCAGGAAUAAAAGCCUUUAUAUAUCAGAGAAUUUAUUGCACAUAAAGUGGCCUCAAAAGUGUUGCAGUAUAGUGAUAGUAGAAAUAAUCUUUAUAAAUUCUUUUUCAAUAAAUGUUAUUUAUUAAUUUUGAAAAA